CAGGGCAUGGACGCUUGGCUGUCGCCGCACCUUGAGCCUGACGUCGGCAUCGUGGCGAGCUUGACGAGCUGUUGAAAGAACGUCUGUCAGUUUCGUGCAUGGGUACACAACGCGCCUUCGCGCAUUCUUCGUAACCGCUUCUUGGGACUCUCGCCCCUUGAUUCCCUGCCGCUUCAGCAGCGCCAUCCAUCCUUUAUAGGCUUUGAUUCGCCAGCCCCACAGAUUCUUUGAAACCUACAGAAUCAAAGAAUAACUACCAGCAUCGCCCGUCAUGGCCUCUGCAACCGUGCCCGUCGCGCCAGACCUGGUGUCGACGUUCGACAGCCUGACCGCCUCGAAGUCCGACUCGCCUCCCACGCGUGCGCUGCUCGUCCGGCCGACGCCAGCAGGCGCUAUGAGGCCGACACUGGCGCUCAUCCGAGACUUUCCGACUGCACCACCUUCGGGCUCGGACGCAGUUUCGGCAUCUGAAACAUUCACGCAAUGCCUUAAGGAGUUGUUGCUUGGCGCUGGGCCGGAAGAGACGAACCUCAGCGGUUAUGUCCUAUAUCGUCUCGACAGCAGAGCUGCAGCUGGGACCUGGGAGUGGAUCUGCUGCGCAUAUCAACCUGAUGGCGCCAAGGUCAAAGAAAAGAUGCUAUAUGCAACCACGCGCACCUCCCUGCUCAGCGCACUGAACGAGCGCAACUUUCUUGACACGCUCUUCGGCUCCAGCCUUAAAGACUUUUCCUUCCCUUCCAAACUCCGCAACAGCCGCAAGCAUGACUACCAGAACCCGCAGCUCUCGACGCGUGGGAAGGCCGCAAGCGAAGCUGCUGGAACGGGUACAGGCGGUGCUAGGCGCAACUUUGGCGCUGUCACCAGCGGCGGCGGCACGAAAGCGGCAGCGGAGGCAGGGAUGGCAGCUAGUGCAGGGAAGAGCGCAGCCUCAGGAAUGCCAUUUGGCGCGCCGGCUCCGCGCUUCACUUCUGGGGGCUUGGCGGCGCGGGCAAACGCGGGAGCUGUUGGGCCGUCUUCUGUGCCUGGCGAGGCGCCUGCAGUAGCAGAUGAAGGGGUGGAGAAGCAGCAGGUGCGAUCGAGCAAUGCGCCUGCUGCCGUGACGAGUGCAGCUGCUCCUGAGCCUCCUGUCGUUAAGGCUGAGGAAGUUUUGGAAAUGCAAACGGAAGAGAAUGCCAUAGAAGAAAAAACAGAAUCGACAAUCGAACCUUCCCCAGUGGCUCCAGAGGGACCAUCGGUGGCAAAACCGGCUUCGGAGUCAAAUCCUUCACAAUCAGCAUCCGCCAGCGAUUCAACAGCGACUUCAUCACUAUCCCCCACAGUGGUGCCCCUCGAUCGCAUCCCGUACGAAACAUCAGUCGUAUCGAAUGCCUAUGGCGCAACCUUGCUCGCAGAGUACGCUGGCGCCUUGAAGACCUUCGAUCCUGCGCAGCUUCCCCCGCCUCAGCCAGGCUCGCUUGCCGUCACGACGCCGCGAAUGAGCGUGGAGGAUUGCGAAUUGCGGUCAGCCAUCUCAGACGCCUCGCACUGCCCUGAAUCGCUCGAUAUCAUCGCAUCCCUCACGUCCGAAUCGGCCGCUGCGCACAUUGCUGCUGUACCGGACAAGAGCGCAAGCGAUGCUGUCGCUGACUCUGCCGCGCCUGUAGCUGCUUCUUCGUCGAGCGCAGAGGCAGUCACAUCGGCGACCGAGGCGUCGGCGCCUGCAGUAUCGCAAAAUGGAGCAAACGACUCUGGCGCGGUUUCCUCCACUCCUUCUGCCACUGCAGAUGCAUCCGCACUCCACCAUGGAAUCCAGGCGGCGCCGCCCAUGUCCCGCCGCGAGUCCAUGCCCUCGUCGGACGACCCGGAGCUGCUCGGUCGUCAGGCUGCUGCGAACCAUGAAGUAGAGGAGAGCGUGUUGGCGCCGCAGUCAGCCACAAUUUCCGAACAGCACAGCGCCGAUGACGUUGGUGCGGGAGCGGACAGCAGCGGUAGCAGGGCCUGUCCUGGUGCCGGCACAACUUCCAUCGGCGUAGGACAAGGCGCAAGUGACCAUUUCACACAGUCAGAGCGUGAGCUGGAAAGUAUUAAGCUUGCGCAGAAGGCGGAGGGCAGUGCUGCUCCUCGAAGCACCAUCUCGCUCGGCGUUGGAUGCACAAUUGAUGAAGAUGUGGAACUUGCCAUCCGUGGGCUUACAUCACACCUGUUGGACACGAGCGAAUGGAACACGGUGGUCCUCUCGAUCGAUACCAAAGCCGAAGUGCUGCAGCUGGACCAAGCGCCGCGCUUCGUCUCUGCCACUGACCUAUGCUCGUUGCUGUCCUCCACCGAACCGAGACUCUUGUUCUACCGCUACAAUUACGAACGUCGUUCCUCGGGCGGCAGUGGAGCAGGCAGUGUGCCCAGCUCGGCCAAGCCAGCAACUGUGCUGUACAUAUAUUGCUGUCCCAGCCAGAGCCCGAUACGGUCCAAGAUGCUCUACUCGUGCAACGUCUUGCCUUUGUUGGCGGCAGUGAGACACAUCGAGGGUAUGCAUGUGGGCAAGAAGAUCGAGGUUUCGGACCCGGCAGAGCUCACGUCCGUGAGGCUGGCGGAAGAGGUCAAGGCGAUGCAGGCACCGCUCACCCACAUCGAGCAAGGCCUCGCUGGAAUAAACGCAGCUGAUGCUAUAGAAAAUGGCGCUGUCGAGGUCGACACCUCGGAUGCAGUGCCUGUUGCCGCAGCAAAAGUCGAAGCGGAAGCCUUGAAGACGUUCUCGCGUCCCAAGAAGCCGGGGAGGCGGUAGCUCCGGCGUUUUAUACUUGAGUGCCGCAGGGAUCAGUAUGGACGCCACCUUGCAUUUUGCGAAAUAAAGCAAUACAAGACAUGUAUUCUAUCACAAUUUUAGGAAAGAUUUAG